GCCAGUGGCUCCUUAGUAGCUGGGCGCCCGCACAGUGGCGGCUUCCUAUUCAUGCUCCAGCUACUGUGCAGCCGCCCGGCGAGCUCAGAGCGAAGUGCCGGUGCCGGAGGCAGGGCCUCGGCUACGCACUCCUCGCUGCGCCGGGGCCAACCGGCCGGCUCUUCCAUAGGUGGCUGCGUUUCCGACUUCGCCCUGGCUCCACUCCGGGGGCUUGACGUGCAAACUUCGCCGGAGCGAGCAGAGAGGGAGGGACCGGCGAGGGGGAGGAGGCGACAGGAGGCGCCUCCGCUUAAGGGAGCCGGCCGGGCGCCGCCGCUCGGACGGACGCGCGGACGGAAGGAAGGAGCGGGGCUGCCGGCCGGGCCGGGAUGCGAGCGGCCGCAGGGAGCGGAAAGAAUGUCGGAGCGGGCCGCGGAUGACGUCAGGGGGGAGCCGCGCCGCGCGGCGGGCGGAGCAGCGGCCGCCCGGCAGCAGCAGCAGCCACAGCCUCUGCAGCCCCAGCGGCAGCACCCGCCGCCACGGCGCCCACGGCCGGAGGACGGCGGCUCCGGGGUCGCCACCACCUCGGCCGGCGCCAUGGCGACGGUGGGGGAGCGCAGGCCCCUGCCCAGUCCCGAAGCGAUGCUGGGGCAGUCGUGGAAUCUGUGGGUGGAAGCUUCCAAACUUCCUGGGAAGGAUGGGACCGAAUUGGAUGAAAGUUUCAAGGAGUUUGGGAAAAACCGCGAAGUCAUGGGGCUCUGUCGGGAAGAUAUGCCAAUAUUUGGCCUCUGUCCCGCACAUGAUGAUUUCUACUUAGUGGUGUGUAACGACUGCAACCAAGUUGUCAAACCGCAGGCAUUUCAAUCUCAUUAUGAGAGAAGACACAGCUCAUCUAGCAAGCCUUCCUUGGCUGUUCCUCACACUUCAGUAUUUUCCCUCUUCCCUUCUCUGUCCAAAAGCAAAGGCGGCAGUGCGAGUGGAAGUGGCCGAUCUUCCAGUGCAGGGGUCCUUUGCACAUCCUCGUCCAGCUCCAAGUUACUCAAGUUGCCCAAAGAGAAACUGCAGCUCAGGGGGAGCAUGAAGCCCACGCAUCCCGUGCAACAGACUAGAGUCCCCCAUGGUAGAGUCAUGACGCCCUCUGUGAAGGUGGAAAAGAUGCAUCCGAAGAUGGAUGGCACACUACUGAAAUCCACAGUGGGGCCAGCCUGUCCUGCUACUGUGAGUUCUGCAGUCAAGCCUGGCCUUAACUGCCCCUCAAUACCAAAGCCAACCUUGCCUUCACCUGGACAGAUUCUGAAUGGCAAAGGGCUUCCUGCAAUUUCCACUCUGGAAAAGAAAUCUGAAGAUAGUUCUAAUAACAGGAAGUUUUUAAAUAAGAGAUUAUCAGAAAGAGAGUUUGAUCCUGACAUCCACUGUGGGGUCAUUGAUCUGGACACCAAGAAGCCCUGCACCAGGUCUCUGACUUGCAAGACACAUUCCUUAACCCAGCGGAGAGCAGUUCAGGGUAGAAGAAAACGAUUUGAUGUGUUAUUAGCCGAGCACAAAAACAAAACCAGGGAAAAGGAAUCGAAUCGCCAUCCGGACUCUCAGCAACCACCACAUCCUCUCAGGGACCCGCAUCCCACCCCUCCUAGGAUGCCACAGGAGCCACACCUUCCUUCAGAAUCAAAGCCUUUCUUAGCUAGUAAACCGAAACCUCAUACCCCUAGUCUUCCAAGGCCUCCAGGCUGCCCUGCUCAGCAAGGAGGGAGUACCCCCAUUGACCCUCCUCCAGGCCACGAGUCUCCACACCCUCCCUUGCCUGCCACUGAGCCAGUUUCCCGGUUAUCCAGUGAGGAGGGUGAAGGUGAUGACAAAGAAGAGUCUGUUGAGAAACUGGACUGCCAUUAUUCAGGUCAUCAUCCUCAGCCAGCAUCGUUUUGCACAUUUGGGAGCCGGCAGAUUGGAAGAGGUUAUUAUGUGUUUGACUCCAGGUGGAACCGCCUUCGCUGUGCCCUAAACCUCAUGGUAGAGAAGCAUUUGAAUGCACAACUGUGGAAGAAAAUCCCACCAGUGCCCUGUACCACAUUACCUGUUUCUGCCCGUGUUCCUCAUCGGACAAAUUCUGUGACGAUGUCACAAGGUGGGAUCAGCUGUUUUGCAUCAACCACUGUCUCUGCAUCCCCGGUUCUGCUGCCGUCCACCUGCAUCUCCCCAAAUAGCAAAUCGGUACCGGCUCAUGGAACCACUUUAAAUGCACAGCCUGCUGUUUCUGGGGCAAUGGAUCCUGUGUGCAGUCUGCAAUCCAGACAAGUACCCGCUUCAUCCUCAUCCCCCUCCACACCUUCUGGCCUCUCUGCGGUCCCCUCCUCCCCUUUGUCCAGAAAACCUCAGAAAUUGAAACCUAGCAAGUCUGUAAGACCCAAGGAGUCUUCUGGUAACAGUACUAACUGUCACAAUGCCAGUAGCAGUACCAGUGGUGGCUCAGGAAAGAAACGCAAAAACAGUUCCCCACUGUUAGUUCAUUCUUCCUCUUCGUCAUCUUCCUCGUCAUCGUCUCAUUCCGUGGACUCUUUUAGGAAAAACUGUGUGGCUCACUCUGGGGCUCCAUACCUGCCAACAGCAACAUCUUCCCAUAGCAUUGGCCUCAACUGUGUGACAAAUAAAGCCCACUCGGUGAGCCUCCGGCAUGAGCAGGCAGGAAGGGGUCCCCCUGGCGUGAGCCCUGCAGAGUCCAUCAAGAGAAUGAGUGUAAUGGUAAACAGCAGUGACUCUACUCUUUCUCUUGGCCCAUUCAUUCAUCAAUCCAAUGAACUGCCUGUCAACUCACAGGGCAGUUUUUCACACUCACACACUCCUCUAGAGAAACUCAUAGGAAAGAAAAGAAAAUGCUCUCCAGGCUCCAGCAACGUUGGCAACAGUGGCAGCAAACCUACAAAGGUUGCCAAAUUGCCAGCUAUGAACAACGUCCACAUGAAACACACAGGCAUCAUCCCAGGGGCUCAAGGCCUGACGAACAAUUCCCUCCUUCAUCAGUAUAUCUUCUCUCCUUGCUUACAAACAGAAAUUGCAGCAGCAGCACCUGAGAGCCCUGACUUUAAAACCAAAGGCACGUCCCUGACAGCUGACAGUACCACUGGAAGGAAUACUCCAGACCUUUUUGAAGACAAGUUACACCUCUCCUCAGCACUCUGGACUCCACGAUGCCUUUGAGUCUCUUUUCCCAAACUUGUGUGGGCCUUCAGGGUAGCCUGUGGCUGUUUGACAAGGCUUGCCCGAAGCUGUGUCUGAAACAGUGAGGAUCAUAAAGGACACUGGAUCAAGUUCAGCCACCGGAUUGCUUUCUCAGUGUUAAAGUGGUCUGGACUGCUUGCUACCAAUCUGUGAGAAGUUUUUGUUUGUGUUUUGUUUUUUGUUUGUGUUUUUUAACUUGCAGCAUAUCAUGGAGCCACUCUUGAAGUAGAUUGGCUGGGCGCAAAGAAUGUUCUGGCAAGAGCAUUACUGUAGACUCUCCUUCCUCCUCCGCCAGAGGCUUUGUGAACACAUCCUCAUCUGUAGGUCACUCUCCAGCAGGUAGGUACCUGCACUGGAGCCUGGAGGCCUUCCAAAGAGAGGGGAGUGAGGUGCCUCCUGAGUAGCCUCCUAGAGGAUGCUGGCUUUAGGUUUUUUUAUAGCAGUGUUCAGGAACAGAAUACUGAUGUUUGUCAGUGCAUCAUGAUACAGUAGCCCAGCCCUUUUCAAGUAAUUUGGGAUACGAAGCUUACCAAGUUUUCAGACUUAGGAACUGGUUUUAAGCUGCUGAUGCCCGGCUAUUAAAUUUAAAGUAUCUCAAAAGGUUAGUUUUCAUGGUACAAAAGCAUGUGCGAUAAAAAGAAAGUACGAGGGAGAAUGAAGAAAAGAAAGAUAGACAAGGGAAACUAGUUGGGUGAUGAAAAGCCAGUUGGGACACUGGAUUUGGGGAGGUGAAAAUCAUAAAGUGAAGCAAAACUUAAAGGAUUUCCAAAGAGACCGACUUCUUAUUAGUGCUUCAUGUUGAGCAGUGUGUCAGAUUGGGUUGGUUGUCUUACUCGGUCUGCUUUUUAACAUUUGCCUUUUUAAAGUUAUUACAAUAUCCUUAAAUAUUUCCAAGGCAUUACUCCUAUUUCCUCUUUCAAUAUUGUUUGGAGAACCAAGUGUAAGUACCAUUGUCAUUAUGUCUGUGUCACAGCUUCUUCAGGCCUUUAGAAAUGUUUAUUUUGAUGCAGGUGGGCUGAGGUGGUUUGGAGAGCCUUGUGUGCAUGCCUGCGGAGGGAGGUGGCUUUGUG